AUGAAUCUAUAUAGAGAUGCUACCUGGGUCUAUGAAGACUUGUUAAAUGCAUCUAAAACUACCAAAAGAACAAGUGGCUCUUUACAAAGUAUAGUUUUAAACUCAUGUAAACGUUAUAAAUUAAAGAGUAAUCCAAAACACAUAUUUGCACUAGUAAAUUCUGUUUAUAGUUACUCUGAGUUAUUAAAUUAUAUGUAUACAAGAUCUAAAAUUGAUAAAGAUAUACCGCUACGUAAAAAGAAGGUUGAUGGUAUUGAUAACGUUGAUACCAAAAACAAAAAGGUAAAAAUUUACAGCGAAAUUACAUUGAAAUUAUUAAUACAUGAUUUGUUUUUGUCAAAAUCUAAAAGAAUACAAAUGGGAAAGCACCCAAUCAAAGAUUUUGUAAUUAAACAUAAAACCAGGCUAAAUUCUGAAUUGGUUAGAUUCAAAAUUAAACAUAAAAUAUCGAAGAAUGAGGAUGCUAAAAAUAUCAACAACAACAUAGAUGCCUUUUCUGAUAUAACACCAGUUAGGUGGUUUCGGUUGAAUUUAGUUAAGAUAGAUGAUAUUGAAAACUGUGUUUCUGAAUUGAGGAAAAAAUAUAUAAACAGAGUUAGUCAUUGGGAGGAAAUCAAGGAUAACACCGAUAUAUAUUAUGAUGAAUUUAUUCCAAAUCUAUUUGGAGUUUUGCCAUCAUCGAAACUAACUUCUCAUGAAUUGUAUAAGAGAGGUAAGAUUAUUAUUCAAGAUAGAGCCUCAUGUUUCCCUGCCCACAUUCUGAACCCAAAACAUAACGAUAUUAUUAUUGAUUCAUGCUCUGCACCAGGUAAUAAAACCACCCAUAUAGCUUCUUAUAUUUUUGGCGAUACUCAUGGACCAGCUGUUAAUGAAAAAAACAGCGAUCCAUCGUACCAAAUUUUUGCAUUUGAAAAAGAUGCAGAACGUGGUAAAACGUUAGCAAAAAUGUUAAGAAUUGCAGGAUGUGAAAAAUUGGUUAAAGUCAAUAUUGGUGAUUUUACAAAGUUGGCCACCCCACAAGAUUAUACACAGGUUACUGGAUUUAUAGUGGAUCCAACAUGUAGUGGUAGUGGUAUUUUUGGCAGAAAAAUAGUUGACAAAUUAAAUAAAGAUAAGAGAGACAAGGAAGGGGAGGAGGGGGAAGAGGAGCAGGAGCAGGAGCAGGAGCAGGAAAGUAUUGACUCCAAAGAUGAAAUAGAAAGAAAAAAUAGAUUAAUUAAAUUAUCAUCUUUUCAAUUUGAGAUUGUAAAAUAUGCAUUAAGCUUUCCUAAUGCAAAGAAAUUAGUUUAUUCAACUUGUUCUAUUCAUCCAGAAGAAAACGAAAGAGUGGUUAUAGAUUUAUUAUUAGAUAAACAAGUUAAAAAGCAAGGCUGGAAAUUACGGCCAAGAAGUGAAGUUAUCCCUGAUUGGCCACGCAGAGGAUUAUUGCAGGAGUUCGAGCAGGUUUUCCCCAAAGAUGAAGAAGCAACUGCCUUAGCAGAAAGUUGCAUCAGGGCUUUGCCUAAAAAAGAUGGUGGCAUAGGUUUUUUUGCCGUUUGUUUUGAAAGAAACUAG